AUGGGUCAUGCAGCAUUGAUGCUUGCCAAUAAAACCGACCAACCAAACCCAAAUCUUGAAGUCAAAAAGCAAAUUGAUUCUAUGGAUGACCCUGAUGACUUAACUCCGUCAUCUGAAACAAUUUCAGAGGAUUUCCACAUGCCUUGCUCUAAUUAUAUGAUUUGCAUGUAGCUAAUUGAACAAAUUGGCAUGGACUGUAAAGAUUAUGUCAGUUUAUUGAAAAUCCAGGAUGCAGUUCUUUUAUACGAAAGAUUAAUAGAACUUAAAAAAAUCACUGUGGACAACUUAAAAGAAAAAAUUUUUAAAAUUGAAAAUAAGGCUAAUGGACUACAAAAGCAGCUAUCAGAAACAAAAGAAAUGAUAUCAAAGUUGGAGUUUGAAAAAGUAGAAUGGGAGCAAGAACUCUGCAGUUUGAGAUUUACUUUAAAACAAAUAAAAGAAAGAACAACAAGUGCUGAAAUGUUAUAUGAAAAGAUUCAGGAGCAACUAACAAGAAAAGAAGAGCAGUAUAAUAAAGAAGUUGAAAUGAAACAAGAACUUAAUCUUAGAACCCUAGAUAUGAAAUUGAGGACUGUAAGAAAGUAUUUCAAUCAGGCUGUGGAAGAAUGGAAUGAUACUAAGAAACAACUUUGUUGAGAACAGGAUGCCAGAAUAUUACAAGAUAGAAUUCUAAACAAUCACCUCUGCAAACAAAAGGAGGUAGAAAUGGAUAACAAAAGGAGUUCUGUGAUUUCUAAUAGUCAGGAAAAUGAAAAAUAUCUGUUGCAUAAAAAAUACAUGUUGGAGGAUCAAAUCACUAUGCUCGGAAUGAAAAUAGACACAAUAAAUAACUGGAACCAGGAGAAAGAAAGGAAAUACUGUGAAGACAUUGAAAUUUUAAAAGAAAAGCAUGUCAGUCUUCAAAAGACCAUAAAACUGAAUGAGGAAAGAUUAACAAAAACAAUACUCCAACACAGUGGACAGAUUAAUGCUCUGACCAUUGAGAACACAAUGCUAAAGUCUAAACUCGAGAAUGACAAGCAAAAUAAAGAAAGACUGGAUAAAAAAGUUAAAUUGUACCGUGCUAGACUAGCUGCUGCUAUACAGGAUUAAGACCAAAGUCAGACAUCAAAAAGAGACCUAGAACUUGCUUCCCAGAGAGCAAAAGGCAAAUGAUUUUGUGUACAGGACAAAUUGAAUUUUGAUGUGUCUAACCUAAAAGAAGAUAAUGAGCUUCUUUCUCAGAACAUUUCUGAAGCUGAAAGUAAAUUUAAUACUCUGGAAACUGAGCUCCAUCGCACAAGAGAUGCUCUCAGAGAAAAGACUUUGGUUUUAGAACAUGUACAAAGAGACCUAAGUCAAACACAGUGUCAGAAAAAGGAAAUUUUACACACAUAUCAAAGUGCACAAGAUAAAGUGAGUAAAUACACUGGGAAGCAGGAAUCCUUAAAGGAGAGAUUAUCUCAACUACAAAGUGAAAAUAUGUUGCUUCAACAGCAACUAGAUGAUGCUCACAACAAAGCUUCCAGUAAAGAAAAGGUAGUAAUUAACAUCCAAGACCAAUUUCAGGAUAUUACAAAAAAACUUCAAGCUGAACGUCAAAAGCAAGCUCUUGUAAUAGAAGCAAGAAGAAGAGAGCAAGAAGAGUUAAUCAAUGAACAUAAUCUUUUAAAAGAAAGAAUUUAUGAGUAUGAAAAGGAGGAAAUAGAAAGAGAAGUAGCUGUGAGACAACUUCAAGAAGAAAUGGCCGAUACCCUAAAAACACAAUCUAUGUCAGAGGCUUCACUGGAGGUGACAUCACGUUGUCGUAUGAAUUUAGAAGAUGAGGUACAAGACUUAAAGAGAAAACUGGCUCAGAUUAGGAAUCAGGUUGAUGAUCUUACAGCAAAACUGGAAACUGUGUUUUCAAAAAACCAGGUUCUUACUCAGGAAUUAUCAUCUAUGAAAGAAAUACCGACAAAAUGUGAAAAGCUAGAGAAGAAAAAAAAGAAGUUGGAACAAUAAGUAGUAAACCUCAGAAGUCGUGUAGAAGUCAACAUGGUAGAAUACAGUGAAAUAGAACAGUAUAAAUGGGAGCUUGAAGAAAGAUUGAACAUAGCAGAAAAAUUAAAAGAAGUCAAUCUGUUUUUACAGACACAAGUAGCAUCUCAAGAAAGCUUAGCACAGUUAAGAGAAAAUAAUAAUGCUUCACUAAGAAGUCAAAUGGAACUCAGAAUUAAAGAGCUGGAAUUUGAAUUAUUCAAAAUGGAAAGUUCUCAAGAAGAUCUUAUUAAAACAGAAUUGGACAGAUAUAAGCCCCUCUACCUAGAAGAAGUAACACAUCGAACGUCAUUGACAAAUGAACUGAACAAGACUAGUGAGAGGCUGGCAGAGACCAGUACCAAACUUCUGGUGGAGAAGCAGCAGAAGCAAACUUUGCUUGACAUACAUACGAGGCCAGCCCUAGCACCACCUUAUAGUAGAAAUGUUAGUAAUAAUAGUUCACUAUUCAAUAGAAAUGUUGCUCUAAGAGAAAAUGUGGUGAUUCAUACCUCAAACUCAUGGCGUUCAAGUAAUGACAUUGGGACCUUCUUGACCAAGGGAAAGAGGGAGCAGUUCCCAGCCAGAUUAUGCAGACAAGUACUUGAGCAAGGGAGCCACUGUGGACUAGAGCCAUUGAGAAUUGGUUCACCAACCACAUUUGGAGUGUUUCCUGGUUUUAUGGCUUUGAAAGCCACAGCUACUAUGAAGAGUUUUGCUAACACAGCAGAAAUGACUAUAGAAAAUAUAACUCCAAAUAACGUUUAUCUCAAGGCAAAGGCAAAUGGAAACAGAAACCACCCCUCAGGCAAAGUGACUCUCCGGGCAAGACCUCCAGCCAGCCCAGACCACCCAGACCAGUUUGAAAGUGACCAUCUACUGAUGCCUCGCAGAUGA